GCAUAGUUCACUUAUAUAAACACUGUAGUUUACGCGCAUAGUGUCAUAAGUUGCACAAUGUUCGAUUGUUCAAGCUCCACCGGUCUGACGUUGGUGCUGGUUUUAGCAACUGGAGUGACAGAGGCAUUCUUCCUGAACAACAAAUAUAAUAAUAAACAGGAUUAUAAAACCCCAGUCUUUAUAGAUCAUCACCAUCAUCAUCAUCAUCACACUAAUCAUGAACACUAUCAUCAUACUCACCAUGAUCAUCAUCAACAUCAUUCCUACCGGCAUAACCAUCAUCAUCAUGAGACCAACUACCAUCAACAUCAUGUGAAGGAGUAUUCCAGCAAGUAUCAUCAUGACGAGGACCUUCAUCAUUCUGUCUCACACUCUUCUGAUUACAGUCCAUAUCAUAGAUCUGAUACAGAGGAAUAUAAAACCCAACCUGGACUGUCUUCUUCAACUAGUUUCCAGGACAAAUUGACAAAACGCUCCUUAGCUGAAAAUAGUCCCUCCGAUAGACGGUCUGAUUCCAAUAGUCCCUCCAAUAGUCCCUCCAAUAGACGGUCUGAUUCCAAUAGUCCCUCCAAUAGACCCUCCAAUAGUCCCUCCAAUAGUCCCUCCAAUAGACGGUCUGAUUCCAAUAGACCCUCCAAUAGUCCCUCCAAUAGUCCCUCCAAUAGACGGUCUGAUUCCAAUAGUCCCUCCAAUAGUCCCUCCAAUAGUCCCUCCAAUAGUCCCUCCAAUAGUCCCUCCAAUAGACGGUCUGAUUCCAAUGAAAUUCAUAAUAAAAGAAUUCAAAACUUUCACAUCAAAAGAGAUCAAACCCAAAAACGUCAAGCUGUUUAUUCUCAGAAGAAUGAUGGAAUGAAAUCAAAAUUAAGUUCAAACAUAAAGUAUGCUUCCAGCAAACGACGAGAUUCUGACUCAAUGUUUGAGUAUACGUCAAACAGAAGAGAAGGGAUGACUUCCAGCGUAAAGAGACAUAAUACUAAUUCCAAUAUUAGUUCGCCUUAUUUGGAUGUAAAACCUCAGAUGAACAGAAAUCCAACAUUAAGUUGAAUGCUUAGAGGAAGAGCAAUAGCAACUAAAUGAUCAAGGAUUUUAAAUUCAUGGGUGAAUACUAUCCUUAGUUCAAUGUGAAGAAUGACCCCAUCUAUGGAAAGUUAUUCUUAGUUUGUAAACAUUGAAAACUAAAUAUAUGUUAUUAGAAAUUAUCAAAUAAACGUUUUUUCAUCUUUCCCCUUUUUCUAACA